AAAUAAAAAUUAAAAAGGUAGAUCCGCAACACAACACUAUAGCAUAGAAGUAGAAGAAGAAGCUUUCGAAAUUAAAGCUCUGAAUGAAAGAAAUGAAGGAAGAUGGUGGAGUAACAUCCGCGAAUCCCAAACCACAUUCCGCUUCAUCUCCUCCAACCGCUGCCGCUAGUUCUGCCGGAGCUUCGUCGCCGGCGUGCGAUGCCGCCGGAGAAGGUAGCCGACGAGAUAAAUCCAGCGCGGAUUCGUAUAUGGUAAUCGGUUCGGCACUGCGAGGUGUUUCAAAUCCUUCAUGUAGACCCUGGGAGCGAUGUGAUUUGCUUCGUCGUCUUUCUACUUUCAAGCUCGCCGGAAAAUUGCCUAAGGUUGCUGGUCCUUUGGCUUGUGCUAAAAGAGGGUGGGUGAAUGUUGAUGUUGCUAAGAUUGAGUGUGAGUUAUGUGGUGCUAAGUUAGAUUUUGCGUUUCCCUCAGAUUCCUCUGCUGAAGCUGAUGCUUCCAGUGAAGAGCUUUCUAAACAGCUUGAUAGAGGACACAAAAUCAACUGUCCUUGGAGAGGUAAUAGCUGUCCAGAAAGCUUGGUGCAGUUCCCUCCUACGUCACCUUCAGCUCUUAUUGGAGGAUUUAAGGACCGCAGUGAUGGACUCUUGCAGUUCUACUCUCUUCCCAUUGUAUCAACGUCUGCAGUUGAGCAGAUGCGGGUUACACAUGGCCCUCAAAUUGAUAGUUUUCUUGCUCAAUUGCAAAUUCAGACCGCUGGAGAAUUGGGGUACAGAGCAGAAACCAGUUUUGCUGCAGAACAGGCUCCUCAUUCAUACUCAUAUGCUCAAAGACUUAUAAGUCUCUGUGGAUGGGAGCCACGGUGGCUUCCUAAUGUGCUUGACCGUGAAGAACAGUCGGCUGAAUCUGCUAAAAAUGAUUACAACUCUGAUCCAGCCAAAGAAUCUGCACCAGAUCCGGCUUCAAGUAAGAAGGAGUUUUCAACUUCGUCCAGGAAAGAUACUGGGGAUAAUGAUGUACUGUGUUCAGAAUUUAAUUGUGAAUCUAGGUCACCUUUGUUAGAUUGUAGCUUAUGUGGAGCCACAGUCAGAGUAUGGGAUUUCUUGACUGCCCCCCGUCCAGUUCACUUGGCUCCCUGUGGGGUUGAUACCCCUCAAACGAGCAAGAAAAUAGCGUCAACACGAGGAAUAAGUGCAGCUAGUGGUAUCAAUGAAUGGGCUGCUGCUGAUGGUGCUGAGAAAGAGAGGACCGGAGACCAUGAUGAGGCGACAACAUCCGAUAGAAGGAAAUUAGCACCCUAUAAAGGUUUGGAUUUAAAUCUUAAAAUGGCUAGUGGGCCAUGCCGUUCACUAACAAAUGUGGCUUCGACCAGUAAUUUAAGAAACAAAAGGCCUUCUGGAAGUGAUGUUGGUGAUCUGGAAGCUUCUUAUGAAUCACAAGGCCCCAAUGUACGCAAGCGCAGGUUGGAUGAUUGUGCAACCAGAGCUGACAGGCCACCUCUAAGCAUGCAACAGGCUGAUAGUGCUGAAAGAACUGUAGUUAACCAUGAUAAUAAUGAAAUCAGUGGUAGUCAGCAGUUUUCAGCUGGCCCGUCAAAGCGUGCCCGUGAUACUAAUCAUUUGGAAACACCUCAGUUUUCAUUACGAAAUCCUUCUGGUGCUGUACCCAGCUAUUCAAUGGAUAUUCAAACAGAAGCAGAGGAAAAGGCAGUUAACCAGUUGAACACAGAAAAGGAUCAUGUUAUCAGCAUGCCAUCUACUAGAGACUCUGCUCAUGAAUCUUCUGUAAUUGCAAUGAAUAUGGCUUAUCACAGUUCAGAUGAUGAAUCAAUGGAAAGUGUUGAAAACUCUCCCGCAGAUGUUAAUGAUGUCAAUUUCCCUUCUGUUGAUUUGAAUGAAACAUCAGAGAUGAAUAGCAGCUAUCAAGCACAACAGAGUGCUUGUCUACCACCUUUAGAAAGAACAGGAGGGGAAACAGGUCGUAGCAGUUCAAAUGCUUGUGGGGAAGUUUUGAACACAGAGAUUUUGACUGUGAAUGCUAGGGAUGGUCCUAGUUUUGGUAUUAGUGGCGGAAGUGUUGGCAUGGGUGCAAGUCACGAGGCUGAAAUCCAUGGGACUGAUGUCUCAGUUCAUCGAGGUGAUAUUUUGGGUGAUGCUGAGCCAAUUGCUGAAGUGAUUGAAAAUCAGGGCCAAGUUAGUGAAUUUGCACCAUAUCAUGGACAUAUUGGUGAUUUUGUGCCAGCGGAAAUUAGUCGAGAAGAUCCUCAAGGGGAUAGUCAGGCUGUGGUAACUCAGUCUACAGCAAGGGCUGAUAGUGACUCAAAAACUAUAGCUUCAACCAAGGUUGAGUCUGUUGAAAGUGGUGAAAAGACCAGUUGUAGCAUAGAGAUGCUAGGUCUUGAAAAUGGUGCUCAUCCAUCACUUUCUUGCAAUGCUGUUGUAUGUUCUGCCUAUGAAGUGUCCAAGGAAGAAGUUACUCAGACUGGGAAGGCAUCUUAUAUUGAAGAUAGUGCACAUCAUGAAUCAGGCAAUUUAGAUGCCGAUGCUUUGGGGACUCCUUACAGAGACAACAUUAGUGGACGCGUUGAAUUUGAUCCAAUCAAAUUACAUAAUGACUACUGUCCUUGGGUGAAUGGAGAUGUUGCAGCUGCUGGCUGUGAUAGUCCUUGUUCCACUUCAGAUGUGAGUACUGCAGCUCGUUGUGGCUGGCAGCUGACUUUAGAAGCCCUGGAUUCUUUCCACUCACUUGGGCAUCUUCCAGUGCAAACUCUGGAAUCUGAGUCGGCAGCAUCCAUGUGCAAGGGUGACUGGUUGGCUUCCAGCCAGAAAUUGUUAGCGCGCAGCUCCUAUGUAAGAAACCGAGGAAGAAAAUAAGACCUUCAGAAAGUUGUCACAAGUUUCAUUUCAGUCAAACUGUUCUCCAGAAUGAGUAAUAUUCCCAGAUCCCAAUUGAGGUUAUGUUUUUUUAAUUGAAUCUCUGUCCAAUUUUAAAAGUUAUUUUUCUUGCCGUAAUAUUUUUUAUGAUUCUAUUGGAUUUUCGUGUUGUAUUUACAGUUUAAUAAAAGUAUCAUUGGAUCAAAAAUCUUAUUGACAUGUACAAAUUGUUAUCGGAUGAUAGAAAAUGACAGUGAGUGAUUAAGUAACUUCAUUAUUGCAACCUCAAUAUAUAAGUCUUGCCUGAAAAGGA